CUGAGACCGAACCGAGCGUACCUUGAGUCGCCGCGAGUUCGGAUGGGCUUGACCUAAUAUGAUCAUCGGUGGACCUCUGCUAUAAGGCUGGGUGAUCGAGAGAUGCGUUUCUAAGGAAUUCGGGUCGCUGUAGGGUUACGGGUGGAAUUCGGUGGAUUAGUGAUUUUCAGUGAAUGAGUGAAUGAGUGAAAAUUCGGUGGAAAGCGGAUCAUAUUUUGGUUUCCGUUUGAGAUUGUUUUUUUUUGCCAAAAAUAAGUGUGGUCAAAGUUUUGGGUCUGUUGAAGAAAAACACUCGGAAGUGGUACAUACACGGCGCAUCAUAUAAUUCUCAUCUCUGCCGUUGGUUGUCGUAGCAACCCGCAUAUGCGAAGUGACAAGUGAACGCGAAAUAUUAAAAGCGAAGAGAGAAGAUUAACCCGUCUCUGGCAGGCGAAAGAUUGCGCACAACGGAGAAAGAAAUCAGUGCAGUGCAAGCAGCCAGCGCGCCACCGAGGAGAAAAGAGCCAUCUCCGACUUCGAUCGUUUGUGUUGUUGUGCUCCGUGUGUGAGUGUGAGUGAACGAACGAUCCGGUGAUCAAGUAGUGGAGCUUUUUGCUGUUGUUUUGGGAAGUGUGUGGGACGACGGCCAAGAGCCCCUCGAAGCAGGAAGAAAAGUGCUGUUUCAGUGAUUUUUCUGUGUAGGAAUGUAUAUAUUUCUUCUGAAUCGAAUUUGAGUCCCGUCUGUCAGCAGUGAUCGUGGGUAAGAAUCGAAGGAGAUUACCCGCGGUUGUCAAGUGACAAGUGAGUCAGUGAGCGAGAGCACGACUGGCACAUUGUGGUGAGAUAGAUGAUUCUCAGGUGAUCUCUCUGUAUCUGGAUGCCGAUUCGAUUUUUUGCGUUGGAAGACCAAUUUUUCGUGAAAGAUCGAGUAACGUUCGUUAAGAAGCAAAGUGGAGAAACGUCAAAACCUGCCGUGUCGGUUGGACACACGUACACCAAGGCAUGAUAGAGAAGAACCCUAAAAGCAACAGUCAUACACAAUUCAGAAUUUAGAAAUUACCCACUAAUAACAGCGCAAACAGAGACGAAGUAGAAGCAAAUAACCCAGAGUCAGAGACGUAGAAAGAACGAGGAACUGACAAACUGCCGCCAAGGGCUACAACAACAACAACAACAACACACAACAGCGUUCAACAUAUCAACUUGAGAAGCAAGCAACUACUCUACUAGCAACGAAUGGAAUAGAGCAGUUCGCUAUAUGUAUGCUAUCUGUUUGAAAGAUGAAUCCAUAGGAAUUCUGUCAGUUGUCCCUAUUCUUUAUUGGAACAAAUAAAUGGAAUGCUCAACAACAGGUGAUAGGUAAUGACGUGAUCGAAAAUGUUCGGAACGAGUAUCGAAGAUCGUCUCAGUGAAACAAUGGCGACGUGCAAGGCCGGUCGCGUUAGCGAAGGUGGAAGCGAGGGUUGCCAUGGUACCACCGCACCCCAUCGAAGGCACAACUUUCGUCGAAGGCCUACUGGGACCGGGAUGGUCAGCCAUUGUUCCUUGCUGCUCGCAGCCGCCCUAGUAAUAAGUUGUCCGCUGCUGGCAGUGGUCAAGGCCAUGCCGCACUCUUCACAUCAUUCGUCGGUUUCCCUGCCAGGUUCAGGAAGCAGUGGUGCCAGCAGUAGUAGUAGCAGUAGUGGUAGCAGUAGCAGUAAUAGCGGUAGUACAAAGAGUUUAGGAGUUUACAUGAUCCGGUCGCCGGAGUCGACGACGGCACCGGCCGGAGACGAGGUACUCUUCGAGUGUGAGCUGAAUCUGAUUCCGGAGCGGUUGGAGUGGAGGUUUCGACCGCAGGACGCUGCCGGCAGUCGGGACGACUAUGUCUACUUGAGCAGAAAUGGUCACAACGUCACAACCGUCGAGGGCAACUCCAAGUUGCACGUGUACGUCAACUCGAAGACGAUCGGUGAGUAUCAGUGCGUAGCGUGGUUCGGAGCCUCGGCGAUCGCGUCAAUCCCCGCGAGACUGACUCUGGCCUCGAUCAGCCUGGAAUCCAGUAUUAGCAGUGGCAGCAGCAGCAGCAGCAGCAGUGGAAGCAGCUAUGGCAGCAGCUACGGGUCACUGCGAAGCAGUAGCAGUAGUCUUAGUGAUACGCCGCACAACGGACGAACCGAUCGAGUUCCAUCGGUAAUGCGGAGGGUAAUGUCCCCGAUCCAACAGCAGCAUCUGAAAAUUUCCCCAGGAAAUAGUAUUAUCAUCAAGUGUGGCGAUGUAGUGUCCAACCCGCCAGCUAUCUGGAGCUACUACAAGGACGAAAUGGCCAUCCCAACGAAUGUUCCCCAACUGCCAACCGGAGGCUUGAUCCUCUCGCAAAUCACCCCUCAAGACUCCGGCACUUACCGAUGCUCCGCCAUCAACUCCAUCACCGGCAACGAGCUCAAAAUGCCCCAGAAGACCACGAUCCUCGUCGAGUACACCGCUCGAUCAGCCCCGAAGGCCAUCUACAGACCGCAGAACGUCUCCGUAACUCCCGGGGCGACCGCCUUGCUCGAAUGCCCCGGUGUAGCCUAUCCCGUCCCUCGGGCUAGCUGGUUCCGACGGGACGGUCAAGCCCUUGGCGAUCGCUCCCAAGUGCUCCCGUACGGACUUCAGCUCACCGAAGUCACAGCCGACGAUCAAGGCGAGUACGUGUGUCGCUUGGACAACGGCGUCGAGCCCUCUCUCAUCCACACCGUCAAGCUCACGGUCCUGGAAGCCCCGCGAAUCGUCGAACCGCCGCGAUCAACCCUGACCAACGAAAGCGAGAGCCUCGAGUUGGAGUGCAUCGCCAAGGGUUCCCCAACGCCGGACAUCUACUGGAUGAUCAACGGCGACUACACCAAGUGGGACCGGCUGAUCAAGUCCAACGGAUCGAAGCUGUUCAUCAAGUCGGUGGAGAAGAAACACGCCGGGAUCGUGCAGUGCUUCGCGAGGAAUGAGGUCGGCGAGGUGAGUGAGAGCAACCUGCUGCAGGUCAACCCGAAACAGAUACCCGGAGGCGUGGAAACGGCACCGCUCGGGUCGGUCCCAACCGGCCCUAAGGGCAAUGAACACAACGGAAAGCGACCCAAGGGCGGAAAGAAACACAAACAUCUCGUCAUGAUCCCGCCAUCCCGGCCGAACAUCACCCGCCUAUCAGACGAAUCGGUAAUGGUACGCUGGUCGGUGCCGUCCUCGGACGGCCUUCCGAUCCAGUUCUUCAAGGUCCAAUACCGGAUGCUCGGCGAUCCUUCCCGUAACAUCGCCCGCACACAGUGGAUGACCGAGAACGAAGACAUCGCUCCCUACACCCGGUCGUACGAGGUCAACGGGUUGAAAUCCGAUCACUUCUACCGCUUCCGGAUCGUGGCCGUGUAUUCCAACAACGAUAACAAAGAAGGUGCCGCGUCCGGCAAGUUCCACCUGCAGCGAGGAUCCCAGCUGGGCCCCAAAAACCAUCUGCUUGCGCCAACUCUGACCCGCACCGAGUCCGUAUCGCAACACGCGAUCGUCCUUCACUGGCAGUUCCCGCAGCACUUGCCGCACCCCAUCGACGGCUUCUACGUGUACUACCGACCGGCCACUACGGCCGGCGAAUACUCCAAGGCCACGGUGGACACCCCGACGGCACGGCACUUCAAGAUCGACCACCUCGAACCUGGGACGUCCUACGAGUUCAAGCUGCAGUCCUUCACGGCUGCGGCCGCGUCCGACUUCAGCUCCAUCUGGACCGGCAAAACCUUGAAACCGCCUACGGUCGCUCCGGUGAUCCCUUCGGUCAUCGCAGCGUCCGAGGCGAACGACGGCACAGGUGAGGUGCCCAACUACGUUUACAUGGGCGUCGGAGGUUUCGUCUUGGUCCUCGGAGGAAUCGUCCUGCUGUGCUGCUGUUGCGUGGCGUGUCGCAAGAAGCGAGGACCCGGAGUUGACGAAACGGACGCCAAGUCGCACAUCCAAGUAGAACAGAACGGCUUUCCCGGAUCCGUCAGCAACGGAGGACCCCGGUCCCAUCAUCACAAGAGCAGUCGCAACGGGAUCAGUGCCCGGAUGAACAUUACGCCCAACCCGCUGGCUCAGGAUGGGGAUAAGAAUCGUAAUGUGAUGGAGCUGCGCUUUCUGCCGACCAAGCCGACGAGAUCCACCGCUGCAGCGGCGCCGCUCGGUGGAAGUGGUGGUGGCGAAGAGGACGGCGAACUCGUAGACGACAUCAGCGGUGGCGGUACCAAUCUUACCAGCAAUGGCGGACCUUACCUUACUAAUAACAAUCACCAUCCGCAUCCGUAUCACCAACAUCAUCACCAUCAUCAUCUGCAGCAUCAACAAGCGACGGCAACGGCUACGACGAUCAUCAACAGCAACAAUCCGAUCGGUCAGGAACACCUGAUGCUGGCGUCGAUGCCGCACCGGAGGACGCUGGAACGAAGCAUGCGCAACCUGCAGCACGGCCAGCACGUCAACGGGCUGGACCAGCAGCAGAAGAUGAUGCUGGAAGGCGACUGUGGCGUGACGACCACAGUCGGGGCAGGCGUCGGUAUCGUACUCGGCUCCCGGAACAACUCAUCUAUUCGGAGGGGCCGUCGGGGGUCUGGAUCGGUUCCCGGCAGUCCCCGGGUGGGACGAGGCCCCAGCGCCGAACUGCUGCAGCACAACCGAUCGCCGAUGCCGAUUCGAGCCGCGGCCAGCGGAGUUAAACGGGCAGCCCGACUUGGCCGGGCCGAGAACAUGUCCUCCGGCAGUCUGAACAGUAUUGAGGUGUGAACAUAGCCUGGGUCGAUUAAGUAGAAGCUAACUUUCUUUCAAAAUGUGAUAAAAAUUUGCCUACAGUAAGGCGCAAAGAUGGUUUAUUUUUAUCUUUCUGUUUACUUGAAAACCCCGACAAAAAGACAUGCGAUUGCAUCCGAUAAGGUACAGUUAUUCGAAACCUCUCACAAAUCCGUAACUGAAAUAGCUAAUCCUAUACUCGUAGACACUGUGGAACUAAAUAGAAACAAACCUAGGUGUAGAAUAAUCGAAACAGUAAUCCGUCCUCCUACGAAUGUAGCGUAAAAAUCGUCGUCACUAUUUCGAGGUUAUGGCUUUCAGUCUUGGAAGUUCCAAUUUAAGAACGGACUCUGAAGUUUUCAUCCGACGUUUCGGUCACAGUUACUGCGCCUUUUUCAAGGAAUCUGUUGACCCAAGACUGGAAGCCCUAACCUCGAAAUAUUAACAUCAAUAGUCGAAUCCUUAAGAAAAUGUAUCAUUAGCCUAAAGCCCCGUACGCGCAGUAUAUCAAACAACAAGUGUAAAGAUUACGCUUAAUUAGUGUAAAAAAAAGAUUCAGAAAGAAAACAAAACGCUCGUCCGAGAAUGCCAUGUGUCAUACAAUUGCACUGGCAAGUCGGAAGCGAACGUAAAUGUGUACUUAGACUACUUUACAUAGAUCCUACCACUUCACUCUCGAACAAUUGUGUACAUAUUUAAUCUAACGAACUUCGAGAUUAACUGAGUAACGUUAAACACUAGAUGUAAUAAUCCACCGGAAAUAAAGGAAAAAAUAAAACUAGAUUUGACUGAACCUUAAAAUAGUAACAAUAAAAUUAAAUAACAUAUUGUUAGCGACUAGGCUGUUAAGUUGCAACACACGAAUAGGUACUUAACACAAGUAGAAAAACAAAUGAUGAAAAGAGAAAGCCGUAUUUAGAUGAGUGAGUGUUAAAUUAUUUACAAAUCUACUAAAUUUUAACUAGACACAGAUAGAGAGAUGUAGAUAAAAACGAGUUAAAUAGCCACAAAAUGAGAAGAGAAUAUCAAUAUUUAAACAAGAAAUAACACUGAUUAAAAGAUAACGAUUUAUUUUUU